AUGGUUUCACAACAAGUCAAAGACAAAGUCGAGAAAUUGAUCAAGGAGAAGCCAAUUUUUAUUGCUUCAAAGACCUAUUGCCCAUACUGUCAAAAAACUAAGCAGACAAUUGGAUCUAUCACCAAGGAUGCAUACAUUAUAGAAUUGGAUGAGUCGGAAGAUGGUGCAGAGAUUCAAGAAGCUUUGCUCGAAAUUACUGGCCAAAGAACUGUGCCAAAUGUCUUUAUUGGUGGCCAACAUGUUGGUGGUAACUCUGAUGUGCAAGCAUUGAAGUCUGAAGACAAGUUGGAGGACAAGAUCAAGGCUGCCUUAUAA